AUGGAAUGCAAUCAUUUAGAACAUGGUGACCUACUAAUGAGUGGAGCUUUAUUGGAUAGUUUCGUUGAUUUACAUCGAUCACAACUUGAAUUAUCCGGUGUACCACGAGUAUUUUAUCCUAUUCUAUUUGACAAACUUCAAAAACAGAUUUUUGAUGCUGGUGAAUAUUUUGGUAUAAUCGAAGUAGAAAAUGAUGAAGGUGAAACUGUUCAACGUAAAGUUCGUGUUACUAGUGAAUGCAAUAUUCUCAAAGACGAUCCUUCGAUGAUCUUUCUUAUUGAUCAUGCUUAUACUUAUCGAAUAAAUACAAUUCGAAAUGAACUAGAGCAAUUACCUGAAUUAGUCGAACGACUUUCUCGACUAAUGUUUAUAUCGUCCGAUGCAGAAAACAAAAUUAAUGCUAUUAUUGAACAUAUGUGGAAGUUUAAUCAUACAUAUACAUUAGCUGUUGAUGGAGGUGAUGCUGAAGAUCGCGAACCAUAUUGGUAUAUUCGAGAUGAAUUUGGUUCAGCUGUAGAGCAUUGUGAUCAAGCGAAUGUUCGAAUGGCACCUUUUCUUUCAAUGAUCGAUGGGCAAAUGUAUACAUUAUUAUGGCUAAUUAAAGAUAUUGAAUGCAAUGAAUCGGUUUCUGUCGAUUAUGUUUGUGGAACACAGGAUGAACUAAUCCGACGCGCUAAACUUGUUCCUUGGACUGCCGCUGAUCUAUCUGAUGAUAUUGAUUAUCAACAAACAGAGCCAAAUGAACAGUAUUUUAAUACAGGACGAGAAAGUGAAAAGCUUCCGUCAUCAGAAACUUAUUCUAUGGUUGAUUUAACUAAACUCAAUAGAACAAUUAAUGUUUUAACUGAUGUUGAACUGGUUCGUGAUAAUCUAGCAGAUAAACGUUUUCAAUUAGUUGAAGAUUUAUCUCAUGCCGACAUUAUUUUUACAAGAAAACACUUUAAAGAUUUCAAGAAUCUAUGUGAAAAUACUCAACAAUUCAUUAAUCAAUAUCCAUUUGAAAAUAUAAUUAAUAUAAAAGAUCUUUUAGCUAUUAUUUGUCGUCGAACAUCGUCGUCAAUUGAUAAAGAAACACUGCAAUCAUAUCCAUUAUGGUUACCAACAACAUUCAAUUUAACGUAUGAAUUACCAAAAUUGAUUUCCUAUUUUCAACAUCGAGAAAAAAAAAAUUUAGAUAAUCAUUGGAUUGUAAAACCGUUUAAUUUAGCACGAUCGAUUGAUACACAUGUAACAAAAAAUCUUAAUUCAAUUAUUCGAUUAGCAGAAUCAGGCCCAAAAAUUGUUUGCAAAUAUAUUGAUAAACCUUUAUUAUUUCAUCGAGAAGAGAGCGGUUUAGUUAAAUUUGAUAUUCGCUAUAUUGUUUUAUUACGUUCAUUAGAACCGUUGAAAGUUUAUGUUUAUGAAAAAUUUUGGCUGCGUUUUGCAAACAAACCUUAUUCAUUAGACAAUAAUUAUGAUGAUUAUCAAGUGCAUUUCACUGUAAUGAAUUAUCGGUAUGCGCAAAAUUUGAAAAAGAUUACAUGUGAAGAAUUUGUGCCUUUAUUCGAUGAACAACAACAAAAUCUUAAGUGGGCUGAUGUUCAAGAGAAUAUAUUUUCAAUGAUUCAUCAAGUUUUUGAACGUGCAACAAUGAGAAAACCACCAUGUGGUAUGCUACCAUGUCAUCGAUCACGUGCAGUCUAUGCUGUGGAUUUAAUGCUUGAUCAAACUGGUCAACCAUAUUUACUAGAAAUGAAUUUUAUGCCUGAUAUUGAACGGGCUUGUUCAUAUUAUCCAACAUUUAUGGAUGAUAUAUUUCGUACGCUUUUUCUUGAUGAAUCAAAUAGUAAUGUGAUCGACAUUUCAUCGAAAUAA